AUGGAUAUCUCGAAACCCGUUGGGUCGCGGAUCAGUUCUGUGGACUUCGACGUCUUUUCGGCAAAGGAGGUCCGUGCCCUCUCGGUGAAGCAGAUCACGAACCCGACCGUGCUCGACAACCUGGGCCACCCAAUCUCAGGCGGGCUGUAUGACCUGGCGCUGGGUGCAUUCUUGCGGAAUAUGUGCGCCAGCUGUGGUCUCGACGAGAAGUUUUGUCCGGGGCAUCUCGGACACAUAGAACUCCCAGUGCCCUGCUACAACCCGCUCUUCUUCAACCAGUUGUACAUAUACUUACGGAGCUCGUGUCUCUUCUGCUACAGGUUUAGACUUAAGGCUCUCGAGGUGCACGCGUUCGCUAUGAAACUGCGGCUACUGCAACACGGGCUCAUCGACGAGGCGUACAAGCUCGACGAGUUGAAAGUCGACGGUGUCUCCGCAGCAAUGGCCCCCGGGAACAACGACGAAGAAGCGGAGGAGGACAACGAGCUCGACGGUUCUGCGACUGGCCAAUCGAAAAAGGUUUCUGCGGACGUCAUGGCUGACUACGCGCAGAAACUGAAAGUACUUAGAGUCGAGUUUGUCGAUCUUGCUAUUGCAAAGGCGAUUUCUGAGGGGAAGACCACACACAAGGGUACUUUCACCGCGACUGUCAGCGCUGAACGGAAGAAACUUGUACACGACUUCCACAAGAGAUUGCUCGCAAGACCAAAGUGUGACAACUGUGGGAUGUUUUCCCCCAAAUUCAGAAAGGACGGAUUUACCAAGAUCUUCGAGACUGCGCUGCCGGAGAAACAGCUGACCAACAACAGGGUUAAGGGGUUUAUCCGUGAGGAUAUGAUUAAGAAGAAGAAACAGGCCAAAGAGCUUGCAAACGGGGGAUCCGCGGAGAGCGACGAACCGGAGUUCAAUAUUGGCAGAAACCCAGCUACUAAGCCAAAGACAGGGUCCACCUACAUUUUGUCCACCGAAGUGAGGAAUAUCCUAACAUCCGUCUUCAAGUCUGAACAAGAGGUUUUGCAGUACGUGUUUCAUGCGAGGCCAAACCUUGCAAAGAGAUAUGUCUCGGCAAACAUCUUCUUCACAGACGUCAUUGUCGUGCCCCCAACAAGGUUCAGACUGCCCUCCAAGAUGGGCGAAGAGAUUCACGAAAACAGCCAGAACCAACUGUUGUCCAAGAUUCUCACGACUGCGUUGCUCAUCAGAGAUUUGAACGACGAAAUGUCUAAAUUGCAAAAGGACAAAGUUUCCGUAGAUGACCGCAGAAUCAUCUUCAGCAGACUCAUGAACGGGUUUGUCACCAUUCAAAACGAUGUCAACGCAUUCAUCGACUCGACAAAGGCGCAAGGUUCCACAGGUGGUAACGUCCCAGUCCCAGGUGUCAAGCAGGCUCUAGAAAAAAAGGAAGGUUUGUUCAGAAAGCACAUGAUGGGGAAGCGUGUUAACUACGCGGCCCGUUCUGUCAUCUCGCCAGAUCCCAACAUCGAAACCAAUGAGAUCGGUGUUCCACCUGUUUUCGCUACAAAGCUGACAUACCCAGAACCAGUCACCUCCUACAACAUUGCCGAGCUACGUCAAGCCGUCAUCAACGGUCCAGACAAAUGGCCAGGUGCUUUGCAGAUCCAGAAUGAGGACGGGUCCCUUGUCUCGCUGAUCGGUAUGACCUUGGAACAACGUAAGGCAUUGGCCAACCAACUGAUGACUCCUUCGUACGUGGGUGGUGCAACGCACACUUUGAACAAAAAGGUGUACCGUCACAUCAAAAACAGAGAUAUUGUCAUCAUGAACCGUCAGCCAACACUGCACAAGGCCUCCAUGAUGGGUCACAAAGUGAGAGUCUUGCCCGGUGAAAAAACUUUGCGUCUCCACUACGCAAACACAGGUGCGUAUAAUGCCGAUUUUGACGGUGACGAAAUGAACAUGCAUUUCCCACAAAAUGAAAACGCAAGAGCAGAAGCCUUCAAUUUGGCGAACACAGAUUCUCAGUAUUUGACUCCAACGUCGGGUUCUCCAGUGAGAGGUUUGAUUCAGGAUCAUAUUUCUGCUGGUGUCUGGUUAACCAGCAAGGAUUCGUUCUUCACCAGGGAACAAUACCAACAGUACAUCUAUGGUUGUAUCCGCCCAGAGGACGGCCAUGCCACCAGACCUAAACUGGUGACUGUUCCACCAGCAGUAUGGAAGCCAGUCCCAUUGUGGACCGGUAAACAAAUUAUCACCACUGUUUUGCUCAACGUGACUCCAGCUGACAUGCCAGGUAUCAAUCUAAAAUCUAACAACAAAAUCAAGAACGAAUACUGGGGGAAGAGCUCAGAAGAAAACGAAGUUCUUUUCAAGAACGGGGAACUGCUUUGCGGUAUCUUGGAUAAAAACCAAUACGGUGCCUCUAAGUACGGUAUCGUCCAUUCUUUGCACGAAGUCUAUGGGCCCGACAUUGCUGCUAAAGUACUCUCCGUCCUUGGUAGAUUGUUUACCAACUAUAUUAUGGCAACUGCCUUCACUUGUGGUAUGGAUGAUCUACGUUUGACCGCUGAGGGUAACAAAUGGAGAAAGGAUAUCUUGAAAACCUCUGUUGACACAGGUCGUGAAGCUGCCGCUGAAGUUACCAAUCUGGAGAAGGAUACGACAGCGGAUGAUCCAGAACUUCUAAAACGUCUCCAAGAAGUUUUACGUGACAACAAUAAGUCUGGUAUUCUAGAUGCUGUUACCUCUUCGAAGGUCAACGCUAUUACCUCCAAGGUUGUCUCCACUUGUGUUCCAGACGGUACUAUGAAGAAGUUCCCUUACAACUCUAUGCAAGCUAUGGCUCUUUCUGGUGCCAAGGGUUCCAACGUCAAUGUCUCUCAAAUUAUGUGUCUACUUGGUCAGCAAGCUUUGGAAGGUAGAAGAGUGCCCGUCAUGGUCAGUGGUAAAACUUUGCCCUCCUUCAAACCUUACGAAACUGAUGCCAUGGCAGGUGGUUACGUCAAGGGUCGGUUUUACUCCGGUAUCAAACCACAGGAAUACUACUUUCAUUGUAUGGCCGGUCGUGAAGGUUUGAUUGAUACCGCUGUCAAGACGUCUAGAUCUGGUUACUUACAGCGUUGUCUAACCAAACAACUGGAAGGUGUCCAUGUCUCAUACGAUAACUCUGUUAGAGACGGUGAUGGUACUUUGAUCCAAUUUUUAUACGGUGGUGACGCUGUGGAUGUUACCAAAGAGUCUCACAUGACAAAGUUCGAUUUCUGUCUGGAGAACUACGAUGCUUUGUUGAAGAAGUACAAUCCAUCUGCCUUGAUUGAGCACUUGGAUGUUGAAAGUGCAUUGAAAUACUCCAAGAAGAGUUUGAAAUAUAGAAAGAAGCAUGCCAAGGAGGCCCAUUACAAGCAGAGUCCAAAGUACGAUCCUGUAUUGGCCAAGUAUAACCCAGCGAAAUACUUGGGGUCGGUGUCUGAAAAGUUUCAAGAUAAGUUAGAAACUUUCAUAGAUAAAAACUCCAAGCUGUUCAAGCAUAACGACGAUAUCAGUGAGAAGAAAUUCAGAGCCUUGAUGCAAUUGAAGUACAUGCGUUCUCUAAUCAACCCUGGUGAAGCUGUUGGUAUUAUUGCGUCCCAAUCGGUGGGUGAGCCAUCUACUCAAAUGACGUUGAAUACUUUCCAUUUUGCCGGGCACGGUGCUGCUAACGUUACCCUGGGUAUCCCACGUAUGAGAGAAAUUAUUAUGACCGCUUCUGCAGCGAUCAAGACCCCACAAAUGACGUUGCCUAUCUUGGAUGAUGUCUCUGAUCAACAGGCAGACACUUUCUCGAAAUCCAUCUCUAAAGUUUUGCUGUCAGAAGUCAUUGAUAAAGUUACCGUUACUGAAACUUCUGGUACUUCUGGUAAAUCGCAUUCUGCAUCUCGUGCAUAUGUGGUUAAUGUCAAGUUUUUCGACGAGAAGGAAUACAGUGAAGAGUACGAUGUCUCUAAGGAGGAAUUACAAGAGGUGAUUCACACUAAUUUCUUGCAUUCAUUGGAGGCUGCCAUUAUCAAGGAAGUCAGAAAACAGAAGAAACUGGGUGGUCCUGAUGUUGGUGUUGCAGUGCCUGUAAUACAGGAGGUUGCACCUGCGUCAUCGAAGAAGUCUGAAGAGGAUAACGAUGAGGAGGAAUACCAUAAGAAAACGAAGCAAUCUGUGUCUUACGAGGAACCAGAUGCUGAUGAAAUUGAGACUAUGAGACAAGCAGAGAAGUCUUCUGACGAGGAAGAAUUAAACUCUGAUAUGGAGUCGCAAUCAAGUGAGUCUGAACAUGAGGAGAAGGACAUCGACAUGGAUAACGAUUUUAGAAGCGCCAUUGAUGAAGCGAACAAGAACAUGACCAAUACCCAACGUGACCGUCAAUCCGGUGUCAUCGCAGCGCACAGGUACAUCACGAAGUACAACUUCGACGAUGCUGAAGGUAAAUGGUGUGAAUUCAAAGUUGAACUAUCCGUUGACACUGAGAAAUUGCUGAUGGUUAACAUCGUGGAGGACAUCUGUCGGAAAUCCAUCAUCAACCAAGUACCACACAUCGACCGUUGUGUCCACCCAGAGCCGGAAAACGGCAAGCGGGUUUUAGUAACCGAAGGUGUUAACUUCCAGGCGAUGUGGGAUCAAGAGGACUUCAUCGACGUGGACGGUAUCACCUCCAACGAUGUAUCUGCUGUGUUGAAGGUUUACGGUGUUGAGGCUGCUAGAAACACCAUUGUGAACGAAAUCAGCAAUGUGUUUGGGCGGUACGCCAUCUCCGUCUCGUUCCGUCAUUUAGACCUGAUCGCAGAUAUGAUGACCAGACAAGGUACGUAUCUGGCUUUCAACAGACAAGGUAUGGAGACAUCCACGUCCUCUUUGAUGAAGAUGUCCUACGAAACUACGUGUCAAUUCCUGACAAAGGCCGUUCUAGACCACGAACGUGAAAACUUGGACAGUCCCUCGGCGCGUAUCGUAGUGGGUAAACUGAACAAUGUUGGUACUGGUUCAUUCGACAUUUUAGCCAAAGUCCCAGCUGCCACUGAGGCCGCAUAA